AUGUCACCCUCAUCCAAGUCCUCCAUCCUCGGCUCCAUCGCCCAAAUCUGCCUCGUCACACCCUCCUUCCACAGAACCCUCUCCGGCUCCGCCCUCGGCACAGGCCGCUUCCCGAUCUUCCACUUCACCUCUCAACCCGUGCACUUAGUCAUGCAGCCGGUGCGGGGACCGGCACUGAUGGCCGACUUCCUUGAGAAGAACGGAGGGAGAGAAGGCGUGCAGCACGUAGCGUUCGAUAUGAAUGAGCUUGGGAUGGACGAGCGCAAGGCUUUGAUGAAGGAGAGGGGGUUUGAGGUGGCCAUGGAGGGCGAGUGGCUGGAGAAAAAGGGCGUGUGCCAUUUUGUGGUCUUCGAUACGGAAGGCAGGACAGGUGCAGUGAUUUGA